GGAUUGAAUAAUGGGAAUUGACGUACAAUCAGAUGGUCUUGGUACAGUGCCGUUCUUCUACCUUGAUGUAGGACAUAACUUUCGUCACCGUCGGCGCUUAUUCCUUGUCACUUCUCUUAUGUACGAUUAUAUAAAUGGAAUCGCCAAAUUGCAAUAAUCACUUUUCCAUAACCACCUUCGACUUCCCCGGUCUUACCAUCUUCGGCUCAUUUAGACUUUCGCAUCUUUCCUUUUCCACGCCUCUCUCUUCUUCACCUCCUCCUCCUUCUUCUCCCCCUUUUCUACGCUAAAUUCUUUUUAGCACAGAAUAUUAAUCCCAAAGUCUCUCCCGUUUCCUUUUCUUUUCCCCCUCAACAGGCCAGGAGAAUCAUGGGAAGAAACAGGGAGGAAAACGUCGUCCUUAAUGGCGAUUUGAAGGUCAAUGUGGAUGGUGAGCUUGAGGCAUCGCCGACAAGGCCGUCAAGUCAAAGCAGCAACAGCAGACCAACCAGCAUGAUCAUUAAGAAAGCAAAAAGCGUGAUUCCAGCUCACCUGGUCGCCGAAGCCAUAUCCACGCUGCGCGGGCUCGGCCUGAGAUGGUCGGGCCCCAUCACGCCGAGCGAAAUGCAAUACGUCGACCAGUACAUCCUCACCAAAUAUCCCCAGUACUCAAACGGCCUCGUCGAGCCUCACGUCCCCGACAUGGACAGCCUCUCCGUCGCCGACGACUCCGACGACAAGCGCAAUUCGCUCAGAAGGGAUUCCCUCUCCGCCUCCUCUGCUUCGCCCUACUUCAGCCGCAGCUUCUCCGAUCUCGACCGGACUCAGCUCGAACCGUCCAGACUCCUCGACAUCCUCGCGACGAAAUCGUCGCCGCAGGCGAAUUUCAUCUCCAUCCCCGAGAUCCAAGCUCGGAACAGGGCGCUCAAGCACUGCGGGCUGACGGAGGACGAAUACCUCGUCGUCUUCGCGCCGAGCUACAGGGACGCGAUGGUGAUGAUCGGGGAGAGCUACCCCUUCGCCCGCGGGAGCUACUACCUGACGAUCGUCGGCGAGGAGGACGACCGGAUCCGGGGCUUCGCGGCGGCGAAGGAGGCGAAGGCGGUGCCGGCGCCGGCGACGUGGCUGGACCUCCGGAUCAGGGGGUCGCAGCUGAGCCAGUACUUCCGGAAGAAGUGCAAGCACGUGCCGAAGGGGCUGUUCGCGUACCCGGCGGCGGCGGACGGGACGACGUCCUCGAUGCACUGGAUAUCGGAGGCCCACCGGAACUCGUGGCACGUGCUGCUGGACGCGUCGGCGAUGGCGUUCGGCGACGGCCACCACCUGGCGCUCGCGCUCCACCGGCCGGACUUCGUGGUGUGCACGCUCGACGGCGUGCACGUGCAGCCGUCGAGGAUCACGUGCCUGCUAGUGAGGAAGAGGUCGUUCGAGACCUCGCCGUGAAUUUGACGGCUGGUGAAAGAAGGGAUCGGGGGGGAGUUGAAACUUGAAAGUAAAUAAGGGGUCAACAUAUCGUCUUUUAUUUUCUUUUUUCUUUUAUUUUUUUGGCCAGGAGCAAAUUAUAUAAAUACCCCGAAGAACUUCAUUUUUAUAUUUUGUAUUCGAAGCAUUAAUGAAGUCAAAAUCCGUAGGUUCUUAAA